ACAGCAAUCAAUCGCGGCUUCAAAUCCUAUCGCAGCUUAUUUUUCCGCUUUUUCAGGAUGGAUGUAGAAGAACUGUUAUCGUUUAAGCCAGAGCAAACGCCUAAACGGCCAUCGGAUUUCGAAAGAGCUGACGACGACGACGAGGACGAUGGUAGCGACUCUCCCGGAGCGGCCGGGCCGCGAAAUUCCAAAGUACGCCGCACCGAACACGACACAUCUACCGGUGCUCGGCCAACUACCAAACCGGUGCUACCGGCUAAAGAGCCACAGAUCAGCGAGCAGGAGCGACUAGACAUUCUAAAGUUUGUCGAAACCGAGGAACCAGACGGUGAGGUGCUCGACGAGAGUGGACUCAAAAAGAUGCUCCUUCUGUUUGAAAAGCGUGUCCUUAAGAACCAGGAAAUGCGCAUCAAGUUUCCCGACAAUGCGGAAAAGUUCAUGGAAAGCGAGAUAGAGUUGAACGACGCGAUCCAGGAGUUGCACUCCGUGGCGACCGUGCCCGAUCUGUACCCGUUGCUGGUCGAGCUGAACGGGGUGGCCAGUUUGCUGGAGUUGUUGUCGCACCAGAACUCCGACAUCAGCGUGGCGGUGGUGGACCUACUGCAGGAACUGACCGAUGUCGACAUCCUGCACGAAAGUUUAGACGGUGCGGAGACGCUGAUUGAAGCACUCCGCAGCCAGCAGGCUGCCGGUUUGUUGGUGCAAAAUCUCGAACGCCUACAGGAAACAGUCAAGGAGGAAGCGGACGGAGUGCACAACACACUGGCCAUAUUCGAGAAUCUGAUCGAAAUCCGGCCAGAGAUAGCGAAGGAGGUGGCCGAACAGGGGCUGCUGCAGUGGAUAUUGAAGCGCCUCCGUGCCAAAAUGCCGUUCGAUGCAAAUAAGCUUUACUGUAGCGAAAUUCUUUCAAUCCUGGUGCAAAACACAAACGUAAAUCGAAUCAUGCUGGGCAGUAUCGACGGUAUCGACGUGUUGCUACAGCAACUGGCCGCCUACAAACGGCACGAUCCAGCUUCGGCCGAGGAGCAGGAGUUUAUGGAGAACCUGUUCAACAGCCUCUGCUCUGCGCUGAUGGCUCGCGAAAAUCGCGAAAAAUUCCUCAAGGGCGAAGGUUUGCAGCUCAUGAAUCUGAUGCUGCGGGAAAAGAAACUCUCACGGAAUGGGUCGCUGAAGGUGCUUGACCACGCCAUGGCUGGCCCGGAUGGGCGAGAUAACUGUAACAAGUUUGUCGACAUUCUUGGUCUGCGCACGAUCUUUCCACUGUUCAUGAAAACUCCGAAGCGGAACAAGAAUCGGUUGCUUGGGGCGGAUGAGCACGAGGAACACAUCGUGUCGAUCAUCGCAAGCAUGCUGCACAAUUGCAAAGGAUCGCAGCGCCAGCGGUUGUUGGCCAAGUUCACCGAGAACGAUUACGAAAAGAUCGAGCGGCUAAUGGAACUGCACCGGAAGUACCUCGAAAAGGUUGAAGCCUUGGACCGGGAGAUUGAUCAGCAGAUGCGCACCGAGGACGACGACGAGGAGCCAGACGAUGAUGCCAUUUACGUGAAGCGCUUAUCGGGCGGACUGUUUACGCUGCAGCUGAUCGACUAUGUUGUGCUCGAGAUCAGCUGCACGGAUGUGGUGAAGCAGCGCGUGCUGAAGAUCCUCAACCUGCAUCACGGUUCGAUGAAGACGAUUCGCCACGUUAUGCGCGAGUAUGCCGGCAACCUUGGCGACGCAAGCGACAGUGACUGGCGUGAGCAAGAGCAAGCCCACAUACUGCAGCUCAUCGAUCGCUUCUAAGUUAGAGAGGAUAAGACUUUCCUUAACAAGUAAAACAAG